ACGGCGCAAGCCACUCCACGGUGAGGGAGUAAGAGGCACAACGAAUGGCGGCGAUCCCCUCGCGGACACUUUGAAGGGACGCGCGCGCUCGACUACCCCGAGAUAGCACGCCCUCGCGCUAUUUAAGCCGAGGUUGCCCGAGGCCCAGUGCCGUUUGUUCUUUUCGUGCGCGAUCGCCGGCUAAGCUCGAGUUGGCUUGGCCCUCCUGCGAAUUAACAUUUAGUACGUAAUAUAAUCCCUGCCAAUUAGGGAGCAAUACCAGUCAGCAACGGGACGGGUCGUAGGUACGAGAGAUCCCUUUGCCAAUCAAUUAGCGUUGCUUGAUCGACGAGCUCGACGCUAAGGGCAGGCAGUCGAUUGAGCCAAAGAGGACGUAAAAGAGGACGGAACAGAGGACGCAACAGAGGAAGCAACGAUGCUCCUGCUCAACAGCCUCUUGCUACUACUGGCUCUCGCCUCCAAGACGGGAUGCCAGAGAAUAACGCCGAGGAGUCCACGGGCCAGCCGCAAUGCCGCCGGUCUGGACUUCGAGUGCCCUGAGGAAUUUGGCUACUAUCCGCAUCCGCGGGACUGCACUCAAUAUUACGUCUGCGUCUUCGGCGGUGCGCUCCUCGAGUCGUGCACCGGUGGUCUCAUGUACAGUCACGAACUGCAAACUUGCGACUGGCCCCGUAACGUUGGCUGUCCUGAAAACAGCUCUCCUUCCAAGGACAUUGACGAGGAUCCACUGCUCGAGAGGUAAGAUUUCUUUUUCUAUUUAUCCCCGUUUGUCCCGCUUUUUCGACUUCGAUGGUGCGACUUUUCUUUUAGAAAGCCAUCCGCUAGCCUUGUGCCUCUAUAUUAAUACGUGAAACAAUUCCGCGCAAUAUCGCUUAAACCUCAGCAAUUAAUCUUACGCGCGAGCAAGUGAAAAGGUAGGGAAAUUAAAUACAGAAUUAAUGCAAGAAAAUUGAUUUCAAUGGCUCGA